AUGGCGGCGGAGAAAUUCCCCGGCGCCUCCAACGGGAACAUCGGGGCUCCGGCGCACGUCGGAGUGGAGGUCCCCGAGAGCGGCGGCAAGAGCAACCUGGGCGCGUCCCGCCUGCGGGGCUGCCUGCGAGCCAACCUGCUUGUGCUGCUGACGGUGGCCGGCGUGGUGGCGGGCGUGGUGGUGGGGCUCGGGGUGCGGCAGCUGCCGGGCGGCGGGCUGAGCCGCGUGGACAUCCUGCUCUUCUCCUUCCCCGGGGAGCUGCUGCUGCGCUUGCUGAAGAUGAUCAUCUUGCCCCUGGUGGUCUGCAGCCUGGUGGCGGGCGCCGCCAGCCUGGACCCGGCUGCCUUGGGGCGCUUGGGCGGCUGGGCGAUGCUCUUCUUCCUGCUCACCACCCUGCUGGCGUCCUCCAUCGGCGUCGCCCUGGCCUUCAUCAUCAAGCCCGGAGAGGGGGCGUCGGCCCCCAAGCUCUUCGGCGACGAGGCGGCCGUGCCCGAGGCCAAGCAAGUGGUCGACUCCUUCCUCGACCUCAUCAGGUGAGCGGGGAAGGGGAAUUCGGGUUUCUGCAGGCGUCGCAUGCUCAGAGGCGCUCUUGGAAUCGUAGAGUUGGAAGGGAUCCCCUGCAAAACAGGAACCCUGCGCACAACCGCCCCUGGCUGGGCUCGAUCCGUCAACCUUCUGGUUAACAGCCAGAUGUACAGCUUGUUGCUGUUUUUUGUUUUUUUCAAAGUACAGUGGUACCUCGGGUUACAUACACUUCAGGUUACAUAUGCUUCAGGUUACACACUCCGCUAACCUAGAAAUAGUGCUUCAGGUUAAGAACUUUGCUUCAGGAUAAGAACAGAAAUUGGGCUCCGGCGGUGUGGCGGCAGCAGGAGGCCCCAUUAGCUAAAGUGGUGCUUCAGGUUAAGAACGGUUUCAGGUUAAGUACGGACCUCCGGAACGAAUUAAGUACUUAACCCGAGGUACCACUGUAUAGCUUGCCCUGCAUUUUAUACUUUGUACAACUGCACAUUUCAGCAAACCAAAGCAGUCAUGUAACUCUGGAAAGGAGCAAUUAAUUUUAAAGGGAAUAUCACCUGUACAUCGAUGGCAGCGAUGAAAACCCAGUGCAAGGAACGGGAUAGCAGUUCCCCAUAGGCACUCCUGUUUGUCCAGUGUUGGUGCUGUUGCCCACCCUCCAGGAGGAACUCCAUCAAGGCUGAACCCUGGGGUAAAGCCACACGUGGCAGGAGCAGUUAACUGCAUCUUAAUGUGACGCGGUUCGUUUCUGCCACCUAGGCGGAUCCUCCUGAGAAAGCCAUGUCCCAUGGGUAGUAUAUUCUGAAAGCGGAUAGUCGUGGUUGCUUUGCAGGCUCACCGGCGUGUGAAUACCAAAGGUUUUUUUUUAGGCCUUUGAAUGUUAAUCACUAGGCAUAAAAUCUUGACCAUAUAGUAGCUCGUGCACUUAACCAAGAGCCAUCAAGCCUUACAGUGGGUAGCUAGUUAUACAAUUUGUAAUUUGGAUGCGUUCAGGGCGCUGUCUCUUUAUUGCUUAAAAUGCACUACCUCUUGCUCAGAUUAAGACUGGGGGGAGAGAAGAGCAACCCCCUUGAGGCUCAUGUAUGAGGUGUGCUGGGGGGGGGGAGCUUCUGUGACCCUUAGAUCCCUGCCUAAAGCAAUAGAUGCUUUCUUUGCAGGGCAGGUGGUUAAAAAAAGGGUACUGUAUUCCAACUACAGUGGUACCUCGGGUUACAUACGCUUCAGGUUACGUACGCUUCAGGUUACAGACUCCGCUAACCCAGAAAUAGUGCUUCAGGUUAAGAACUUUGCUUCAGGAUGAGAACAGAAAUCAUGCUCCGGCGGUGCAGCGGCAGCAGGAGGCCCCAUUAGCUAAAGUGGUGCUUCAGGUUAAGAACAGUUUCAGGUUAAGAAUGGACCUCUGGAACGAAUUAAGUACUUAACCCGACGUACCACUGUAUUCCUGUUGGCCAAAAUAUGCAUUACUUUAGUGGAAACAGAAGGAGCAUGUGUUCAUGCGUCUCCUCCCUCUUGUUUGUGGGACAUGGCCCUGGAAUGCUUCUUUUUUUAAAAAACCCUGGGAUGGUGUGUCAUGCGAGGACAAACAUUGCCUCUCUGUCUUCUCGCAUUUUCUUGGAUCUGUUUAUUCCACCCUCCCUGUCACGCAUGCCUUUAUGAGCUGGAAUAUAAUCCGGUGUAAGAGGAUCGCAUUUCUCCCAACCAACGGGAAAGCCUCCCCUGCCCCCUCCAGAGAGCCAGAGAAAAGGGCCAAAAUGUCUCAAUCCGGGCUAAAAUACGCCCUUCCAGAAAGGCCAUUGGUCACAGGGUGUAGAGUCCUCCCCCCCCCUCCACCGAUGGGGGUACAGAAUGUUCUAAGAUGGUCAUCCUGCUCUGUUGUGGCUGUUUUCCUGCUCCCUUCCUGGCAGUUUUUGAAAUAAUGUCAUCCUUCCUGACGAAAAUGGAAAUUUCGGACGGGUGCAGGAGUGGGAGGCCUGGAAUGUGCCGGGAUUAGGGUAGCGUCUGCAUCUUCUUGCUGAAUCCAGGGUGGUUGUGGUGGGCCGGCCGGCCUUCUCUGUACGGUGUGAAAAGUUACGUUGGCAGUGCAGAGAGGGCUGUGGCAAGAAACAGCUGCUUCCAUAGCAGAGGGAUGCGGAGACCUUGCGCCAGGUUUCUCUUCCCCUCAUGCCCUCCAGAUGUUUUCAUCUACAACUCCCUUUGAGGCCCCAACCAGCACAGUGAGUUGUAGUCCAAAACAUCUGGAGUAGCACCAGUUUAAGAGACGGCUGGUACACGGUUUUAUUGGGUGGCAGAAAACAUCUCAUUAUACACAAUUGGCUGGCAGCCCCACUUGGAAAAGGAACUUGAAGGUAUCGAAUCGCCAUUUCUGAUUACGGGCCACUUCAGCAAAACUGGAUGGCAGUCUUAGUAGUCUUCAACAGAUGCAAGCCUUGUAUUUGUGGACCCCAUUCUUAUUCUUUUAGCAUACGGUGCUCCUGUUAGAAAGAAACUCGGAUACAUAAGCUAGGUGCCUUAGGCUUAGACCAAGGUUACAGUCACCAAAAUGGAAUGUCUAGCUGUCAUUUUUGGGCGGCUCUUGAAUCUUAUUUUUCCAAGGAAAGCCAGACUGCGGUUGAUUCUCAGUUAAACGUCUGGCUAAUUCAAAGGGCAACCUUGAGUUGGGUUAAGACCUUUGAGAACUGAAAAGUCACUUGAUCCCGGGAUAGUCUACGUAUAUAUUGGCCUAUUCCUGUUCUCUUCUUCUUAAUAGUGACUGCUCCUGCUACCCAGGAAUCUUCACUUGGUCGCAAGUACAGUGGUACCUUGGGUUAAGAACUUAAUUUGUUCUGGAGGUCUGUUCUUAACCUGAAACGGUUCUUAACCUGAGAUACCACUUUAGCUAAUGGGGCCUCCUUCUGCUGCCAUGCUGCUGCCGUGCAAUUUCUCUUCUCAUCCUGAAGCAAAGUUCUUAAACCGAGGUACUAUUUCUGGGUUAGCGGUGUCUGUAACCUGAAGUACCACUGUAGUUGAAAGCCAUAUUCAAAAUGCGCCUGGUUUAAAAGUCCUGCGUCUCCAUCACUGCUGCUCAUCUGCAGAUCCGGAGAGCUGGUGGACUGAAGAUGUCAUCACCCAGACCAUGCCAGCUUUGUACUGAGUACUUUGCGGGGUUAGUCCAAAGACCCAUUGACUGGUUAAAUGCCUCCUAGGAGUAAUAGCAAUCGCCCCAAAGCCUUUCCCUCUUGGGCUCAACCUGCCGAAGCAGUGCUACCUUUGACUGCGUCUCCCCUGGGGAGGUGAUUCUGGUCCACGUUGCCGUGGCUGCAGGUCGCCUUUUAUUGAAAACGCUUCUCCCCUCCCCGCUGCCCAAUGCUAGUUGUGCUGCUGGUUGCUGUGGCAACCAUGCAACGCUCAUUUCCGCAGGUUUAAUGAUAGCUGUGCAAAGAUAAUACGGGACUGUAAUCUAAUCUACAGCUCCUCUAGACAGAUUUCCUCUUGUGGGAACCUGACAGGCAGAGGGGUGAGCAUCUCCUGGGAUGCUUGCCGACAUUAACACUCACCUGGCAGAUUGAAACCUGGCAGGUAGCUGUGGCGUGCCCAAGGCCUCUGCCAACUGGGCUGGCUUUCUGUUGCAAAGGGAUUUAACAACAAAAAACCCCAUAGAUAAGUAAAUGUGCGAUUGCUUGCCUGCAGUCUGUUCCACCACCUCAUUCUGGUCAUACACAGGCCAGGUUAGAAUUGUUGCGAGGAAGCACAGAUCCUCAAGGGACUAGAGCAGUCUUUCACAAAAGGACCCAAGUUCAGUCUUUGUAUCGCUGGUUAAAAAUAGAAUCGAGCAUCAGGUGAUGAAGAUGUUUUCUGCCCAAGAUCCUGAAGAGCUGCAAUAUUGGUGUGUUUGUGUCACCACCCCAGAUAGAAAAUUACGAGAACCACCUUGUUUUUCUUUAUCUGACCUGGAUCUUGGAAGCACUGGAACAUCCUGUCCAUGCAUAAAGCAGAUUUAUUUUUUAUCUCAUAUUCUUUAUUGAAAGAUAAAAGAAUACAUAAUGACAUGCAGACAGGGUAGGAUAAGACACAAAAAAGAAGAAAGGAAGAAAAGAAAUACGUAGCAGAGAACAGAACAGCAACAAAUGUAUAAAUUACAAGAAAAUGUUAUUGUAGUUACCCAGACCAUAAGCUAAUACAGUAUUUAUAUAACAGAUUUUUUUGGCUACAGAGUACUUGAGAACUUGUGUAGAGACCCCUGCUCCCAGCCCAGCCUACCAGCUGGAACUGACACCCCAUGUGGUGCAUGCACAAUAGAUGACCCAAUGUUUUGUGAUCAUGUGGGUUGUUCUCUUCCAGUUUUCCUCGCACUGUUGCAACCUCUGGGCACCUGGCACGACAAAGCACUUUGCUCGGGCGCUGUGCCCCUGAGACACAAAGUUCCAGGGAGCUGGGGAAAGCUAAGAUAUAGCAAGAACCAGUUCCCCCACUUCCUCUGCCCAGACACAUGCUCCCAGUCCAGGAUCUGUUGCAAGACCUUUUUUCCGCAUAGCUUGGAGUUGUGGGUGCCGCGUAGAGAUAAUUUCUACCCUCUCCUAGAUGGAAAUCUUUAAUUUCAGGGCUGGCUGGGUUUUUAUAUUCCCCCCCUGGGGGGGCUAUAGAAGUCUUUUUAUACACCUGCCCAUUACCAAAUUUGGUAUUCUGGUAACCCUUGCCCCCUACUUUCUUCCACCUCCCCCCCCCAAAAAAAAACCCUCUGUGCGUGUAACAACAAUCACAAAUUACACUAUUGCAGGAGAAUGUGGAUUAGUUGAAUUGCCUCCAGGAUAAUGGGAUUUCAGCUCAUUUUCCACAACCGUUGGUCCUUUGGGCAGAUGGGAGCUGGAAUUCAAAACAUCUGGAAGGCGCAAAAGCGUUAGCAGGGUGAUCUAUAGCAUCGAGCUAUUGCCUCCGCAAGCAGUGUCUUAAUGCCGAAGAGAGAAAAUCUAAUAAAAUUGUACCUUGGCUACCAGUUAACCUUGGUUGCACCUCUUUAGGGUCUCAAACACAGAAGCAUUUUGCAGCUCCCACGUACAACCAGUGUUAGAAAUUAGGCAGACGCGAUUUGCCACUGGCGCGGGUCCCAUUGCAACCACAUGGAGGUCUCUGGACUGGGGAAAACCAACCGUCACAUAGAGAAGGAUCUGAAAUAUUUCUCGAAGCUUGACUUUGUUUUGUUUUGGAUUGUUUGGCUUGAUGUUUCAAUAUGCUGUAAGUCUCUUCGAGAUCUGUUCUUUACAGUGUAAAGCAGCAUAGAAAUGGAGUUAAGAAUAAGAAUAAAUUCCAUUGUCUUUUAAAAAUGAAGGGUGCCCAGACGUUUGGUUGUGGUGACUGUAACCUAGGUUUAAGGUGCCGUUUGGCCAUUGGUUUAUAUAUCUGAGUUUCUAACACUGCAUAUAAUACUUGUUAUAUCUGCCUUUGCCAACUUGGUGCCCUCUGGGUAUUACAAGUCUCAUCAGUUGGAGUCCAGCAACAUUUGGAGGGCACCAGGUUGAGGAUGCCUGGGUGGGAGCUCAACUGCAUUCUUUACUGUGUAUGCUUCUCCCCCCUCCCCCCGCUUAAAAAAAUUGCACCAUUGCUAAUGCUCUAGCAAGCACAAGCCUUGAGGGGGGCAGUUCCCCUGCUUUUAUCAAUUUACCUGGCAUUUCACACAAGUGGGGUAGCUUCCUCUCUCUACCUUUGCUCACCUUUGCUGAGUCAAAGAUGUGACCCAUGCCCAGCUUUUUCCCUUUGGACCACUUCCAGUUGAAGGAGAGACGAUCUCAUAAAGACGGUUGCCCUGCCUGCUUGCAAAUAGGCUAUUGACUUCGCCUUGCCUUAAGACCAGAGAGGUCAUGCAGUUUCAAUUGUUAUAUUGGCCACAAUCCGAUUGGUGUGUCCACCCUCCGAAACAGCUGCUUGCAUCACCCUAGUGAUAAGCCCAGAAAAACAGUUUUGUUCAGAAUUUUGCCAAAAUUCUGUAUGGGGGAAGCUCUGCUCCCCAUUUCUUUUUGUUAUACUUUUUUAAAAUUAACUUUCCCCUAACGUUUUCACAUCAAAUAGUUUCGUAAAUUGACUUCCCACUCCCACUUCAGCAGUGUUCUUACUCAAACCUUUUCUACGGCACUAUAUCUUUAUUACACAAAGUUUCUCUGUUACAGUUGUUUUGUCAUUUUGCUUCCGUUGCGUCUAUCUCCUACCCUGACCGCGAUUUCGUUUGACGAUAGCAUUUUUUUUUAAUAGUCCAAGAAAGGCCUCCAUUCUUCUGCGAAAUGUUCAUCAUUUUGAUCUCUUAAUUUCCCCGUCAGCUUUGCCAUUUCUGUGUAGUCCCUGCUGUUUCUGAGCUCGAACGCUGCAGCUCUUUCAAAAUAAUUUGCCGCCAUCAAAUUUGGAAACCUGUCCUGUAACAGCUUCCAGAAGAGGAGCCCCGAUGCAGUUGUACCUUGGUUUUCAAACACCGCAGUUCUCAAACGUUUUGGCUUCCAAACGCCGCAAACCCGGAAGUGACUGUUCCGGUUUGCGAACUAUUUUGGGAAGCCAAACGUCCCAGCGGGGCUUCCGAUUGGCUGCCGAAGCUUCCUGCAGUGAAUCAGAAGCCGCACUUUGGUUUCUGAACAUUUUGGAAGUCGAAUGGACUUCUGGAACAGAUUCUGUUCGACUUCCAAGCUACAGCUGUAGUCCGUUGCAUCAGAAGCGGCGGAGUUAAGAGAUGCAUGGAGUUAAAUUUCUGCAAAUAAAGUUACUUUGGCCUUGGGUUCACUUUUGGUCUAAGCUGGUGAUAAAGCAGAAUAAUAGAAUUGUCGCUUGUGCUUUUCAUAAGCUUGAGCUCCAGGAGAGCUAAACCCCUUGCUAUACGAGGCAGAGAUGGGAGGGAGAGCUUUUAUUAAUGCUGACAUUGAGCUUGAGCUGGGUUAGUCCUCUGCCUCUGCCACUCCGGGGGAACAAAGAGGGUGUCUUUCAUGUUGACCUCAAUCUGGGGCUCCCUGUUUGUGGGUGGAGCCGUAUCGACUGAUUACUGCUGUGGGUAGAAAUCCAGUUUUCCGCUGUGACCUACCAGUGGAAAUCCAGUUUUCUGCUGUGACCUUCCAGAACCUGGGGUAAUGCUGAGCAACUCUGAAUCGAGCCAUUGUGGACGGAUGGAGCAAGCUGGCAGCGGUGACGUAAAGGCCUCUGCUUGCAGAGAAACAGGAUCUUUCCAGGGGCAGAGAAGACCGCUCAGCGAAAGGGGUGGGCUUCUCCUGGCAUUCCUGGGAGCGGGAAUGCUUUUGGGAGAUCCUAACACAGCCUCGUGCCCUCUGGAGCAGCUGGCUGAGAACGAUGGGAGUUGUACCCCAAAAACAUCUGCAGAGCAACAAGUUGAUGAAGACUGUGAUAGAACUCUUUCCCCCCCAUGUCUCUGGAAGGGUCGUGGUUUUGGGGGGUUUUUUUUUGCAUACAAUAAAGACAGUGGACGCUCGGGUCGCGAACGUGAUCCGUGCGGGAUGCACGUUUGCAACCCGCAGCGUCGCGUCUGUGCACGCGCGGGUUGCGCUUCUGCGCAUGCGCAAAGCACGAUUUAGCCCUUCUGCACAUGCGCGACUGCCGAAACCUGGAAGUAACCCAUUCCGGUACUUCCGGGUUUUGGUGGUCUGUAACCCGAAAAAACGCAACCUGAAGUGUCUGUAACCCGAGGUAUGACUGUAUCAGAAAAUGGAAUGCUGUACGCACACCGGUUUAAGAGUUGCUGAGUCACCACACAACAAAAGUUGCUGAGUCACGUUCAAAGGAAGGCCCUUUAAGAAGAUAAGUUUUCGGUUGCUGCCUAAAGGCAAGAAUGCUUGGGGCUUGCUUAAUUUCAGCCGGGAGCUGAUUCCAGAGAACUGGAGCUGCAAUUCUCCCGGAAAACUGUACUGUUACACCCAAAUUUGGCGAACAACGCUGUGCUUUGCCCUCCAAGUCAGAACCAGGGCAUUGGUUCAUCUUGCUUAUGCUGACUGGCGGCUUUCCCCCUCUCCAUCCUUACAUGGAAAUAGCACAGACUGACCUUGGGACCUUUUUUGCAUUUAAUUUCUCUGCUCUCCCACUGAGCUCUGGGACUUCCCUAAAGAGGCAGGUCCCACUGCUUCUCUUGCACAACAGCCUUGAACUUGCAACCUUCAGUGGCUCUGAGCAGCCGGCCGGCCUCCAGCUGGCGAAUUGUGCCUCUGUUUUCCAUUUGGGAGGCAAGCAGCAAACUCCCUUCCCGAACCAGGAAAUUGGAUUGAACUGGAGUGUAUUUGGGGGUGAAGGGAGCAGCAGGCAAGUCUGAGGCUUGGGUGCUGGUGCUCAAGCCAUGGUUGUAGCUGUUGCAUUUGAAUUCCACCAGACUUUUGAAAACCCCGUCUUUGGUGGGUUGUGUCAGCCUCCAAUGGCCAAGUCCUUUUCUUGCUGAGCUUAAAGGUAAAGGUAACCAUUAGGUCCAGUCGUGGCCCAAGACUCUGGAGUUGUGGCGCUCAUCUCGCUUUACUGGCCGAGGCAGCCGGCGUACAGCUUCCGGGUCAUGUGGCCAGCCGUUUACCUUCCCACUGGAGCGGUACCUAUUUAUCUACUUGCACUUUGAUUUGCUUUCGAACUGCUAGGUUGGCAGGAGCAGGGACCAAGCAACGGGAGCUCACCCCGCCGCGGGGAUUCAAACUGCCAACCUUCUGAUCGGCAAGUCCUAGGCUCUGUGGUUUAACCCACAGCGCCACCCGCGUCCCUGAGCUUAUGUACCCCCCUAACCCACAUUCAGUAGAGCACGAGGCUGUCAGUCUCAGGGUUGUGGGUUUGAGCCCCACAUUGGGCAAAAGAUACCUGCAUUGCAGGGGGUUGGUCUAGAUGAUCGUUUGUGGUCCCUUCCAACUCUGCAAUUCUAUGUUUAUCUUGCCCAUAACAGCCAUAGCGACCCAUUCACAAAAACAGUCAGGAAAUAGCCAUGUGGUCAUUGGAGGAUAGGCUAUUCCACUUCUUAGAUUCGGCUGGCCUUCUGCGAACACGAGAUUCGGCUGGCCUUCUGCGAACAUGAUAAUAAAUCUAGCGUCCUUUGCCUACUGUGUUUUGUUUUUUUAGACAAACAGCAAAUGAUUCUUGAAUACCAUGAGAAUUCAAGAAAGGCAGAGUGGUCCAUUUCCCUCUCGUUGUUCACAAUGUGUCAUCACCCCUCAUUUCUCUUCUCCCCCCCCAAAAAAAUUGGUUUUCCAGCCCAUCAGGCUCUUUUGAAAACAGAUAGGCAGAGAACACAUUGCUGAACUUCAUCAACCCUGGGAAUAAACCUCUCUGCUUAUUUCCAAGCAGACAGUUCACUACCACGAGAUCCUUGCGGUGGCGAUGAUUUUUACACGCAGAGUCAGAAGCGCCUGUAGUUUAUGAGUCGCAUGGAAUCCUGAGUCAUGAGAGCUGACAUUUAAACGUCUGCCGUUAGAGGGAAGGUGCUUUGAAAAGAGGUGGGAGAGAGGAGCUAAUUCUGAGAGCUUUGUGCAGGGGGUAUUUUGCGCAGGGUCUUCCAGCAAUUCGGCUGCUCAUAAUGGAACUUGGGCACUGUCGCGAUAGGAAGGAGAGACAGUUUGCAACGAUGCUUUUUGGAGUAGGUGCGGUUAUUUCUGUACACCGUCUGUUUCUUUGACUCGGUUCGUUCUGAAAAGGGGGUGGGACAAGGAUGGUUUUGUCCUCCUAAAUCUGAUGCAACAUGCGCCGGGUGUUGAGUUUCCUUGCUGAUGUCGUGAGGUUGGGUUUUUGGUGUGUGCUUCCCCCCCUAAAAAAAAAAAGCUAAAGAACAGUUCAUUUAGGCUAAAAAGAUGACUUAUUUCUCUGCUGAGAGCAAAAGGAAAAUUCCAAAUUCCUGAGAAUUAGGGGUGGGUGGAAAUCCUCAAGAGCCCCAGGUGGCAUCCAGCCAAGUUUUACUAUGUAUUGAAAUGAAUGGGCCUAACUUAGUCAUGCUCAUGAAUAAAAAUGCGUCUACUCAGAGUAAAAUUUAGUUGAACACACACCCUAUUUUUUAGAUAGAAUCAUAGAAUCCUAGAGUUGGAAGAGACCACAAGGGCCAUCGAGUCCAACCCCCUGCCAAGCAGGAAACACCAUCAGCGCACUCCUGACAUAUGGUUGUCAAGCCUCUGCUUAAAGACCUCCAAAGAAGGAGACUCCACCACACUCCUUGGCAGCAAAUACCACUGUCAAACAGCUCUUACUGUCAGGAAUCGGGGGUCCAAAAUCCUGGGAGCCCCAGGCUGACAUACAGUGGUACCUCAGGUUAAGUACUUAAUUCGUUCUGGAGGUCCGUUCUUAACCUGAAACUGUUCUUAACCUGAAGCACCACUUUAGCUAAUGGGGCCUCCUGCUGUUGCCGUGCUGCCGGAGCACGCUUUCUGUUCUCAUCCUGAAGCAAAGUUCUUAACCUGAAGCACUAUUUCUGGGUUAGCGGAGUCUGUAACCUGAAGUGUAUGUAACCUGAAGCGUAUGUAACCCAAGGUACCACUGUAUAUAAGUCUAAGAAGCUUACAUGUGCACCACAGAACGCAUUCGGACCUUGGAAGUAAAAUACCUUGCCAGUUGAGUGUUUUGGCUCUUGAACGUCGCAAACCCGGAAGUGAUUGUUCCGGCUUGCAAAUGUUCUUUUGAACCUGAACGUCCGUCGUGGCUUCCGAUUGGCUGCAGGAAUCUCCCGGAAAAAUUAAAAAGGCAAAAGCCUUACACUGCCCCUCCUGGUGCAAAAGGAGAUGGGAACCCUCAAACAUUUAGGAUAAAAACCACCUCCCAGUUACAAGAAAAUGAACAGGGGUGCCUGGGAACAGAGGCCUUGACAGACAUUGGGGGGGGUGCUAUCUUGUGGGCUGCAUGGACCCCAGGUUUACAGUAUGGCUAUGACAUUUAUGCGUGCAAAGGGGUUGGACUAGAUGAUCCUUGGAACCCCUUCCAACUAUGAUUCUAUGGAAAGCGUAAUGCUGGUGGUCAACAAAAGAGGUUUAAAGACUGUCUCAAGGCAAAUCUAAAACAAUGUAGUACUGUAUAAACACCGACAACUGGGAAACACUGGCCUGCGAGCGCUCCAGUUGGAGAACAGCCUUUACCAAAGGUGUCAUGGGCUUUGAAGACACUCGAACUCAGAACGCAAGGGGAGAAACGUGCUAAGAGGAAGGCACGCUUGGCAAAUCCACACCGUCAUCAACUCCCGCCCGGGAACCAAUGUCUGCACUGUGGAAGGACGCGUGGGUCCAGAAUUGGCAUCUACAGUCACUUACGGACUCCUUGUUAAAACUGUGCUUAUGGAAGACAAUCUUACUUGGCUAUGGGUGAUUGCCAAAGAUGAUUCUGUGAUCUAAACCAGCGUUUCUUAAAUGAGUCUUAUACUGAGGGCUGCUGCUCUCUUGCUUGGUGUCUUUGGCUUCCUGAGCUUUCUAAAAUGAUAGUCAUUAUACGGGAGGGCGCUUGGGAGGUUUUGGAAUUCAAACCUUUCUGCUGUUUGUCCUUUGUGGCCACAGUCUAACAAAGAUGUACUUGUUCUGGGCUGGGGCGCAAGAGGUGAUUUUGGAGAGCAUGUGCCAGGAGUUUCUUCGGAGAAGCUGCCUCAGACGUUGCUGGCUUUAUGCAGGCAUAACCAUGGUCAAAUGCAAAAAUUGUGGUUCCCCAUGUCGGUUGAUCACCAGCCUUCGGCCACGGUUCAGGCAUGCGGCUUAACGAUGGUUAAAGCAAGGGGAACCGUGUCUGUUUUGCUGGUGAUUGAGACCGUCCAAAUCUGGAUGAGCGAGCUGGAGUGCCUGAGAUCCGAGAAUGUGGAAUGGGUGAGAUUCAAGAGGAUAUAAAAACUACAGAAAGGGGGUGGAGCAGGUGGUGCUACUUUAAAUCGUCUUUCUCCAACCUGGUGCCCUCCAAACGUUUCGAACUCCAAUUCCCACCAGUCCUAGUCAGCAAGGCCAAUACUCCGGGAUGAUGGGGUUUGUAGCCUAAAAUAUCUGGGAGGUAUGUGGAAAGGUGUAUGGAGGCAUUGGGAGCAAUAAUUUGGAAGACUUAGGCAGGAGCAACGGCAGUUAGUUUUGUCCUCUUCCCUAAAGCUGUAAGGGUGAUAACUGAGGAGGAGAAAGAUGCUCAGGAGAUUGCUGGAAGAGGAAAUGGGAGACUUCAUCCCAGGGUAAAUAGCUGCUCAGUUAUAAUAACAGACAACAUUUCAGAUACGAUUGUGCCUUUCGGAAAGAGAUAAGAGGAGACUCGACCCUUCAUUCAAUAAUGAGCACUGUGCAGGGCAGGGCCGUAACUUGCCUUUCUCAAACCCGACAUACCUGCAAGUAGAAAAUAGCCUGCUUGGUGCAGUGCAGUCGCCUUGGGUUUCCGAAGAAAGAAUUUCUCAUAAAUGGAGGCAUGAGAUAAAAGAGAGCGACGGGAAGGUCAAAUUCCUUUAGGCGGUGGCUCAGAUUCACUGUAAGGGAGGUUCAGAUGAAAUCUCCAUGUGGGUUGUAUCCAGCUAUGUUAGACGUACAUACAUAUAUCAGUGUUCGAAAUUAGCCGGGCACCAGUCGCAUUUUGCCUGGUUGAAGUCAGCUGGUGUGCUGGGCACUGAGGCUGCAAAAGAUACCACACUGGUUUUCUUUCUGAUCUAGUAUCCAGUUUCUCCCCUUUUGUGUUUCUCAGUAAUAUCCCCCCCAAUAAAAUAAAAUAAAAUAAAUCCAUCUUAUCACAGGAUGCUUCUGUCAAGUGCUUUGCUGGAACUGCGAUAUUUCACCCUGGCAUCUUUGCAGCAUUCAAUGUAACGGCACAGUUCUCUGCAUAAUUUUUUGGCUUCUCUAAGUUUAGCGUCUAGUGCUGCACCCAUGGGUGGCCACCCAUGUCUUCCAAGCAUGAAACAGAAUGGCGCGUGUUCCGCAGAUAAGUACGCAGAGUUCUGAGAAGUUUGAUCGUGGUCUGAUAACCCGUUUGCCUGUGGUUGAUAUACUGCAGUUCUGUUUUUAUGUGAAAUAAAAAAAAUAAGGUUUUAUAUAUAUAUAAUAUGUUCAUAACUGCAUAUAUAAACCGCAUGUCUGAAACCCCACAGAAAAAGUCCUGAAAGCAUUUUGUCCCUCCCACAUUGACCUCAAAUAUUUCACUGCUAGGUCAAAGGAAAAUGGAAAAGCCUCCCCACUGUCUUUUCAUUCACAAAUCCUGUCUUAAGGGUAUGUCUGUGUAUGAAUAGGGUGAACCAGUGACCUGGCUCAGGAAUAAGUAUUUAUCAUUACAAAAGACUGGCCAGGCUCCCCAGGGUAUCCAACCAUUAACGGGUAACCUGUCAGAUGAGAUAAACAAGGCACUCAGAUUUCUGCUGUAGACCGCCUUUUCUGUGAUGUAGGUAUGAUGUAUGGAGGGGUGGUCUUGAGCUCCAGGGCAGGGAAUUUAAAAUGUCUAUAUAAGGGCAGGCACACCUUGGUUCUUUCCUGCGUGCAAGGGGAGCACCCUGUUGCAACAGUUCAAUAAAGAUCAGGCUUAUGAGCUGCUUUGCUUCUCAAUAUUCUCUGGUUGGCCUCUUGUUAUUUUCUCUGAUCAAUGGAGAACCUGCAAAGGACUCUAUAAGGGCUCUUGUGCUCCCAAUAAGGAGAUAAGGGCAGUUUUUUGUUUAUUACACAUGACAGCCAUGAAGAAUUGAAAAAUUAUGUUUCGGACGUGAGGCCUUGGCCCACUAAUGCUCUUCUCAUGUGGGGUCCGCCAAUGUGGCGCACCCGACAGAACGUCCUGUGAAAGGUCUUAGUAAAUUCUCCCCCCUGAAAUCCACAGCAGGCGAGAGUCCAUCACACUUUCCUCUCAGUUCCCGAGGUUCGGCCUCUCCUUCUCAGGAACAUCUCUCCCUGAAACAUGCCCACAUUUCUCUGGAGGCCAGGAUUUGACAUGCCCACCCGCCCAUCUGAGCUGAGGAGAGGUUGCAGAGCGCUUCUCUAUGCGCAAACAUGGCAGUGGCUCACGCAGGUGCGUUUCCCUCACUGUUUAAUACGGGCGUGGGGCGCACCCACAUCCUUUUGCGGCCCUCUUUUCUGCGUUUUUAGAUGGGGCGGCCAUUUUGUGACAUGCAGCAGCCCCCUCCCCAAAUGGCGGCCAUUUUGCACUUUCUCAAAAUUCCAAAUGCUCCCACCGGCCCCCCAAAAUGGGAAGGGCUGCUCCUCCCUCGCGGUAAAUUUUGAAGGGCACGGGAGUGAAAAUGUCCACUAAAAACAGGAUUGUUGGAGCUGGGAAAGAGCAGUAUGAGGGAAAGCGAAGAGAUCUAGCAAAGAAGGAAAUGGGGGGCGGGGAGAGAGAAAAGGAGACUCUUAAAAGCUUGAAAGAAACUGCCACAGCCAUCUGACAUAAUGGCUUUAACCAACAUAGUUGACCUGGGAAGCAAUAAAUUUGGCUGCCCCAGGAGCCAGUCACUGUUUCCCAGCCUGGCCUACCUUGCACGGUCAUUGUGGGCCGGCUGAUAAUUUAAUUUAUGCUAAUAUUGUUCAAUUAUGGGUUAGGUUCCUUCAAUUUACGAAGUAAUGAUGUACUUUUAUGCUCCUCAAAUCUCGAGUGAUGGCUGCCCAGUUCUCCUCAGAGGUCUGAACCACCAUUGCAUCUGGCGUCCCAAAAGACAGCUAAAUAGCCUUCGGGCGCCAGGUUUAACAGCCCAGCUCUUUAUGGAGGCUAUAGGAGGCUAUUUAACCUUGUUAUUUCUGUCUCUGUUCCUGAUCUGGAUUGUUUCCUGCUUCUCUUUGCUUUCCACCGCUCCUGAUUUGAUUAUAGGGUGCUGAUUUGAUUGCUCUUCCUCUGCUGAUGGGUUGGUGUUUUGGCUCUUUGUAGUGAGCCGCACCUGUUGAAUUCCAGCCUGUCAGGUGGCUAUUGAAAAACGACGGAGAAAUAACAAUUUUGGCGAUAUAGAUUGCUGCGCCUUGAUUUUGUUUUCCUUGUUCCGGGGUGAGUGGGGUUGUGCUUGUUCUGAAAUCGAAUUUGGGGUGCAGGGAGACGGAACAAAUUGCUGCAUCCAAAUAACUGCAUCCGAAGUCACUUGUUUCAAAUAGCAGAAGACAUCUGAAGACAGCCCUCUUUAGGGAAGCUUUUAAUGUUUAAUAGAUUAUUGUAUUUUAAUAUUCUGUUGGAAGCCGCCCAGAGUGGCUGGGGAAACCCAGCCAGAUGGGCAGGGAAUUAAUAAUAAUAAUAAUAAUAAUAAUAAUAGUAAUUAUAGCAGGACGAGUUGGGAAAGUGAGGGGCUGGUCUGCACUUUCGUAGCUCCCUGUGGGCUGGGGGGGCUUCUCCUUGAUCUGACAUGCCACUCCCUGGGCCCCCCUUUCUGUGCUGCAAGAGGAUAAAGUAGGGCUGCCCCCCUAAGUGCUGACGGGGUCUCCGCUCUCCAAAUUGGGUCAGUAUUCUGCUCUAUGGAGCCAGCCACUCGCUCCCGGGAUUGGAGUCUUAAUCUUGUUUGUGCUGCCCAGUUAAUCCUCUGGCAGUUCCAAGCCCUGAAUUGAUGGCGUGGGGAGAAAAGUGGCGACCAGAGGGGAUUAGGGUGCGGGGAAAUUCAGGAGCCUAGUGAGCAAAGGUGAAGACUGUGAUAUCCGAUCUAUCCAGGAGUUACGGCAACGGAGCAGGUUAUUCUCGGCCAAGGCUCGGAUGACCCAGAGAAGCGAAGUGAGCGACUCAGCAGUGGGGAGCCUGGAAGUCCCCUUGGGGCAUGGGCUUUCUGUAGGUAGACACUGGCUACAAAAUGUGGGGAUAAUAAGCACACUGGCACAUAAUAAUAAAAAUAAAUUUUAUUUAUACCCCACCCUCCCCAGCCAAGACUGGGCUCAGGGCGGCUAACACCAGGUAUAAAAACAAUGGUUUAAAAUACAACUUAAAAACAAGAUUAAAAUAUAACAAAGUGCAGCCUCAUUUCAGUAGAAACUCAAAUCAAAAACUUUUGGGGGAUGAAAACGUCAAGUCUCCACCAUAGCCAACUAUCCAGACUGGUCCUGCGUGGGCCGGAAAAAAGCCAAGGAAGUCCCCAAAUAGGAGUUCCAUCACAGAAGGAAAAAGGAAAGAGGGGGAGGGGAUCAAGUUGAUUCCAAGCCAAAGGCCAGGCGGAACAACUCUGUCUUACAGGCCCUGCGGAAAGAAAUCAGAUCCUGCAGGGCCCUGGUCUCAUGAGGCAGAGCGUUCCACCAGGUCGGAGCCAGUGUUGUUCUAUUAUGGGUUAAGUUCCUACAAUUUAUGAAGUAAUGAUGCACUUUUAUGCUCCUCAGCUCUCGAGUGAUGGCUGCCCAGCUCUCCUCAUAUCCCGUAGCAAAAAGCCCUGGCUCUGGUUGAGGCUAAUCUGACUUCCUUAGGGCCUGGGACCUCCAGGGUGUUGCUGUUUAUGGACCUUAAGGUCCUCCGCGGGGCAUACUGGGAGAGGCAGUCCCGUAGGACAGAGAGGUAACUGUGAUCCCAUACCUUUGCUGCCUUAUGGGAAAUCUUUGGGAGAAGAAAAGGCUUAGGAGGAAACCCUGCACAAAUCCGGAGGGGGGUCCCUAAGGCAGUUGGGUGGUGCCUUGCUUUCCUCCUUCAGGCAACUCCUGCAGCCAGGCUGGGGCCAAAUGUCUUGUUCUGCUUUCCUUUGGCCACAUCAGUGGGGCCGAGAGGGGAGUCUUGUUGUCUGGGCAGCCCAGGACCUCCAGAUACUCUGCCCAGGCUUGCAUCCCAGGGAGGUCACUUCCAUGCUGCUAAUGCAGUAGUUUGACUUCACCCUCAGAGGCGCACUCCAUUGUGUCUCAAGACCGAUGGAUGCUACCUGGAAGGACCUGGUUAACAAGCAAUGAAAACAGCAUACUGGAAUAAAAGGAGCCGCUCUGGUUUGACCCAGUGGAGCCGGACAUUCCUAUGAGAGGCAGCGUGGUGUAGUGGUUACUGUUGGGCUAGGAGUUGGGAGGCUAGGGCUCGAAUCCCCCCUCAGGCAUGAAGCUCACUGGGUGACCUUGGGCCAGUCAGUGUCUCUCAGCCUAACCUACCUCACAGGGUUGUUGUAGGGAUUCAUUGAGGAGAAGGGAGAACCACGUACAUCGUCUUGAACUCCUUGGAAGAAAAGGUGUCAUUAUAUAGCUAAUGAAAUAAAAUAAAUGCAUUUUGGGAAGCAUUAUGGAGGUAGUGUCCUGGAGAGCUCUUUAGGAGGCUGGUGUUUUUGUCACCAUCAUCGAGCUUGCAAGUGGUCACCUUCUAGGGAGGAGUUGGAAUUUGCUUGCAGGCAAAUCAGCCUUGCAAACGAGUCUCAAAAAACCGCAAGCCCAAACGCAUGCGUGCGUACACACACACAAUGUUUACAAGCUUUGCCACCGAUACGCAAGAGCUAGUCAACGCUUCUGUGUGUAUGUGUGGAUUUUCAGCUUCUGCUGAUUUGUGUGCUUUGGUCUCGAUAACAGUUUUUGGGAGCACCCUUUAAGUUGGGAGGUUAUUUUUGGAGGUCUGCAACUAGUGCAUGGGGGGACCAACUUGUGGGACCCUCCAGAUUAGCCUUUCUCAACCUGUGGGUCCCCAGAUAUUGUUGAACUACAACUCCCAUCACCCCUAGCUAGCAAGGCCAGAGCUCAGGGAUGAUGGGAGUCGUAGUCCAACAACAUCUGGGGACCCACAGGUUGAGAACCGCUGCUCCAGAUGCUUCCAUCAGCCACAGUCAACAUGGCCAGUUGUUAGGGAGAAUGAUGAGUCCAGCAACAUCUGGAGUACAGCAGAAAGGCCACCCUUGAACCCCUAGCUGACUUUGGGGUGUAUGCAGGACACUGAAAAUAGAAACUGCUGAGGGCGAAGGUUGGACUUGGGCUACAGGGGUUUGGGGAAUGUGAAGAGGGUGGGUUGAGAGUACCCUGUCGAUUGAGAGAGGCUAUUUCCCUCUGGAACCCUGUUUUUCAUGUUUGUUUUUCUCUUUUUCCACGCAGGAACAUCUUCCCUUCCAACUUGGUGUCAGCUGCAUUCCGAUCGGUGAGUUGCUUAACUCCUCCCAACCUCCCCCUCCCCCACAAUUCUCCCCCUCCCAUUGAACCCAAGGCAGGCAGUGCUGGAUUUUGCGCCAAACACCACGUCGCACAAAUCAAAGCAUUUGGGUACUUGUGAUCCCAGAAGGGGCUUUAACAAUCGAUUGAUUGGCGUUUUCUAACAAAGCUUGACCAUUUGCAUUGUGGGCUCUUAAGAGGGGCCUGCUGGAUGGGGCCAGGGGCCCAUCUAGGCCCGCAUCCUGUUCUCAGUGGCCAACCAGAUGCCUGGAAACAGGAUUCAAGCACCAGAGCGCUCUUCCGUCUGGUGGUUUCCUGCGACUGGUAUUCAGAAGCUGUGGAGGCAGAGUCUAGCCAUGGCUAGUGGCCCUCCAUGAAUUUGCCAAAUCCUUUUCUAGAGUCAUCCCGCUUGGUGGCCCUCACUGACUCUGUGAUGACCAAGCUAGAUAGCUUAAUUCGUCUAAUCCUCUUCUAAAGCCAUAUAGAGAGCCCUUUCAGGAGUUGUGAUUCUCCAGAAAAGGGAAUGGGAGGCUAAGAAAACCCGGGGAGCAGGUGCUUCUUUCCAGAGUGGAGGAAACUAGAACAGGCAACUGCUUCGGUUACAAAACAGCCCGUGCUGCUCAGUUGCCAGGAUACGCAAUCACUUUGGGACACAAAGCGUACCUUUGCUUUGGAAACCUGAAAUAAUUUCCAUGGGGAGAAGUGCAAUGUUCUGGCCAGAUCUCAAAGGAACCCUUCCCAGCGUUCAGCAUAAUAUGGCAUUGCUACAGAGGUAUAAAGCUCCUUAACCAAACCUUCCCCAACCUGCGGACAGACCUAGCCAACGCGGCUGGUUGAUGAAGGCAGCCCAAUACUGCUUUCUGUUGCAAGCAGCCAUCCAGGAAAUGUGGGGUCAAUGUUUGGAAGAGGCACCUGGCUGCCUGUGGGGAACAGUAUCCUUGACUAGAUGGACCUUCUCAUUUCAUCCUGCUGGACUCUUCUUGCAUUCUUACGAUUUCCCUGUAAACACCUUGGGACUGCUACUAAUACUACAACUAAUAAAUGACAAUAGCAAUAAUUUUAUUAUUUAUACCCCACCCAUCUGACUGGGUUGCCCUAGCUGCUCUAGGCAGCUUCCAACAGAUAUAAAAACAUUGUAAAACAUCAAACAUUAAAAACUUCCCAGUACAGCUUCAGAUGUCUUCUAAAAGUUGUGUAGUUCUGUAUCUCCUUGACAUCCGAUAGGAGGGUGAUUCUCAGGGAGGGUGCCACUACCGAGAAGGCCCUCUGCCUGGUUCCCUGUAAUUUCACUUCUCACAGUGAGGGAACCACCAUAAGGCCCUCAGAGCUGGACCUCUGUGUCCAGGUUGAAUGAUGGAGACGCUCCUUCAGGUAUACUGGGCCUUUGAGGCCGUUUGGGGCUUUAAAGAUCAGCACCAACACCUUGAAUUGUGCUCGGAAACUUGCUGGGAACCAAUGUAGAUCCUUUAGGACUGGCAUUGAAUGGUCCCAGCAGCUGCUCCCGGUCACUAGUCUGGCAGCCGCGUUCCAGAUUAGUUGUAGUUUCUGGGUCACCUUCAAAGGUAGCCCCACAUAGAGCGCAAGGCAGUAGUCUUAAGCAGGAGCUAACCGGUGCAUGGACCACUCUGGCGAGACAGUCUGCAGGCAGGAGGACAUUGAUUUUCAAAUCUGGGUUUGCAAUGAGUGCCUAAUUCCCGAGACUACAAAUGCGUUUUGAGCAGGGAACAUGAACGGGGAGAGAGAACAUCAGGCGUGAGUCUGGAGAGACUCCGGUUCGGAUCCCCUCCAGCCACAAAUCUCACUGUGUGACCUUGGGCUAAUUGCCACCUCCUGGCUUAGCCUUCCUCCCAAUGAUGCUUUUAACAACAACAAGUAGAGCCCCACUUUCCCAGUAGUGAUGUAUGGAAGUGAGGGCUGGACCAUAAAGAAGACUGAUCACCGAAGAAUUGAUGCUUUUGAAUUCUGGUGCUGGAGGAGACUCUUGAGAGUCCCAUGGACUGCAAGAAGAUCAAACCUCUCCGUUCUAAAGGAAAUCAGCCCUGAGGGCUCACUGGAAGGACAGAUCCUGAAGCUGAGGCUCCAGUACUUUGGCCACCUCAUGAGAAGAGAAGACUCCCUGGAAAAGACCCUGAUGUUGGGAAAGAUGGAGGGCACAAGGAGAAGGGGACGACAGAGGAUGAGAUGGUUGGACAGUGUUCUUGAAGCUACCAGCAUGAGUUUGACCAAACUGCGGGAGGCAGUGGAAGACAGGAGUGCCUGGCGUGCUCUGGUCCAGGGGGUCACGAAGAGUCGGAAACGACUAAACAACAACAACAAGUAGAGCCCCACAGCUGCAUCAGUCUAAAAGCCCACCUCUGGUCCAGCCCCCUGUUCUCAGCGGCCAGGGAGAUGCCUCUAGGAAGCCUGCAAGCAGGUUAUGCGUUUUGAGCUGCAAUGGAGAAUUGGUAUGUCUGGCAGGAGGUCUCUGGGGUCUCUCCCAGACUUGUAAAUCAAUAUGCCUCUGGCUCCUCUGCUUGCUGCUUUGAAGACAGUGACCGAGAAGUUACGAGUUUCCCUAUCUGCAGUGAGCAGUUGCUUGCUGCUUACUCUCACAUGCUACUGUCCUAGCAAUGUGCUAAUUAAACGUCUUCCUUUCCACCAGAGGCUUAAAAAAAAAAAAAAAGAGGCCUUUUGUGUGUGGUUACAAAACGAUACCCUCCAUUAAUGUUCCCCUGCUUUUUAUUGACUGUUCUUUGUGAUGCAUUAAUCCUCUUUAGGACGCAGGCAGGGUAUGGGCAAUGAAGCCAGCUUGGCUUAAUUUUUAAUAGCCUUGUUAAAGGAACAAAGGUGAAUUCCCAGGUCAGAUCGCAGGGGACAGAUCCAGGCAGCACAUGGCGGAAGGACGGCUUCUGCCUGCAUCUCCCACCCGUUCAGCUUGGAACUCUUGGCACAUCCCUGUAAGGUCUGCUUCCCCACGGCUGAAUGUCUAGGGGAUGAAUAAUCUGAAUUCUUAACAGAUAAAUCGAUCGGUUAAUCUUCCCACUUGUCGAAAAACUCCAUACCGGUGUCUUUUUGAGAUAAUUGGCCAGUUGUUCAUCUCCUUUACCCAAGUGGCCUUGGUAGGGUUCAAUGAGAAGCCCCCUUUAAGAAAUCAUUUUCAAACUCCCUAGGACAGUAACGCUCCCAGAACCAUUGUCUCCAAGUAAAGGUAAAGGUAAAGGGACCCCUGACCAUUAGGUCCAGUCGUGACCGACUCUGGGGUUGCGGCGCUCAUCUCGCUUUAUUGGCCGAGGGAGCCGGUGUACAGCUCCCGGGUCAUGUGGCCAGCAUGACUAAGCCGCUUCUGGCGAACCAGAGCAGCGCACGGAAACGCUGUUUACCUUUCUGCUGGAGCGGUACUUAUUUAUCUACUUGCACUUUGACGUGCUUUCGAAGUGCUAGGUUGGCAGGAGCUAGGUAGGCAGGAGCAACGGGAGCUCACCCCGUCGCGGGGAUUCAAACCGCCAACCUUCUGAUCAGCAAGUCCUAGGCUCUGUGGUUUAACCCACAGCGCCACCUGCGUCCCAGUGUCUCCAAAGGGUGCCCUUAAUAUCUCGGCUCCACUGAGCAAUUAAUCAACACCCACUGUUGGUUGAUUUACCAAGCAAAGCUUGCCACCGAACCAUCAUCUUGCCAGUUGGAUUGGGAUUGCGGUGGGAUAUAUUGAUAAUCUGUUUUUCCCCAGCCGCAGGGGAGCGACCAGGGUUUGCACCUUCUGAAAGGGGAGGUGGAUGAACUAACAGCCUGCAGUUUUCCUGUCUGUGUUGGAAACAUCCACAGAACCCCAUGCAAGUACAAAGUGAAUUUAUUUUCAGCCACAGCUGACAUUGUCUUUCCCUCUUUGUGUUUCUCCCCAGUAUGCAACCAGUUAUAAACUGGUGAUAGAGAAGAAGAACAGGACAGGAGUCAGCGAGAAUAUCACGUUUGGUGAAAACGUAACAGUUGGUGAAACCAUCAUAGAGACGAAGGUAAGAGGAAUGGGAUGCACUUGGAACAUAUAUAUUUGGAUGUGUUGCCUCGGAAAAGAAACCUGAAGCAUGUUGGGCUCAUUUUCAAGCACCAUCCUUGGCAAACAACAGCUCCCAGAAUCCUUUGGGGGGGAAACCAUGACAGUUUAAAGUGGUAUCAUAGCACUUUAAAAAGUAUGGUAUGAAUGGGGCCUUGCUGUUCCACUAUUUACCCGUGACUCACAAAAGUUAGCGAUGAACACUGGCUUGCUUUCGUUUCCACCGUGCCUUUAGCAGGUGACACCCCUGCUUGUCACCACAAUUUUCCCACACAGGCCAUUUUAUGGGUCUCCUCUUUGCUGUUGGCCAUGGGACCAGCCACAAAGGCCUGUCCCCUCAUUGCCACUGGGUCUCUCGGCUGCCACUGUGCCUCUUCUGGCUUGGUGACCAUGUGCUACCGGGUUCUCUGAGGAGAAGUAUGGAUGUCCUUUAGCUCAGCUGUUUGAAGAAGGGAAGUCAGGGCUGUGUUGAGUAGGGGGGACCAUUUGAUUCUUUUAGCUGAGGAUAUGCCAAGGUUUGCAUUAGGAAUAUAUUGCGGUUCUACAAUAGAAUUGUUGAGGAGCGGACCUGCAAAAGCCAGAGUUAAGGGUAAGUGGUCGCUUUCAAUCUUAUAGCCCACUUGGAACUCUGUGACAAAUUUGUAUGCAAAUCUUGAGAUUAGGAUAUAAUCUAUGACACUACCGCCAAACUUUGUGGAGUGGGUGUAUUCCCCAGGGCAAUCCCCCUCUAUAUUGCCGUUUAGUAUCAGCAGGUCCCUCCGCUUUGCAGCCUGGGCUAAGCAAAGCCCUGGGUAAUUGCAUCUAAGAUCUUUAGAAAGGCGGGCAGUACCUGUAUCUAAAUGGAUGUCAGAGUCCAGAAACUGGUUGUAGUGGGUGUAUAAGCUGUCAUCAUUAGCACCCAUGCGUGCGUUGAAAUCUCCACCAAUAAUGAGCGGAGCAGCAGGAUGGAGGGAUUCAAGAGAGGCUAUAUAGGACUCUAAACCUGCCCAAGUGGCCUUAAUUGUUGAUUUUUUUUCUGGCAAGGAGAUAUAUAGACGCUGACCAGCAAUAAAGAGGCUCUCCUUCUUCCGGGAGAAGUAUUCCCUUUCUGAAAAGCACUUGCUGGGCCUUGUUUUCCUGUGGCCCAGGGAGUUGUCGUGGAAGGAUACAGAAGAGGCACUCCCUGUGGGUGAGGUGGCAGCUGGUGCUGUUACGCCUCAAUCGGUGGUGCCACAGAUAGAGAAAAGGGUGGCAGGAGCAGUUUGGGGGGGGGGUAACAGUUGCUGCUGUCCUCCAGUUGUUGCUGACUCGGUGUCAGGGACUGGACUGAGGAGGAAUGGUGGAGACCGGCCUCUCCCUCCUGCUGCACUUCCCAGAGAAGAGGAGACAGUAUAGAUUUAGAACAGUGGUUAGCAGAAGGUCACAGAUCAGAGGCUGCAGAGGGGAGAAGCUGGAAAAUACUGGGAGAGGAGCAGGAAGAAGCAGCAGCAGGGGAAAUUCAGCUAAUAGACUGAGUGUCUUUGGAAAGCGUGCCAGACUGGCAGGCAUUGAGAGUAGGAGAGCAGAAAUCUCAGAGGCAGAAAGCACAGAUUAGCCGAUGUAGGAAUCACGUAUAAUAGGAGAGACACGGAGAGGGUGGGACUUGGAGCAACGCCACUGUCCAAGAAGCGACAUCUCUAUGCCUCUCUCUGUGAAUAUUAAAUAAAAUACUUUGGUAAGAAUGUCUUGUUUUCCCAUUUCUGGCAGCCGGCCGUGAGGAUUCCUAGAAGCCUGACACUUGGUGGUUGUGGUAAAUGGUGGAAUAAGCAGAUGAGGCAAGGAGGGGCAGGAGCAGCAUGCUUCCCUGGUCUUCUUGGAAGUAUGGGGGUGUGCUGCUGUAAACCUUCCCCCCAACUGCUGCAUCCUCAGGACAAAUUAUUUGCUUGCUAUAAUCUCAAGGAUAUGGCUGUUGUGUUCAGACGUCUGCCUUGAGGGCAGGGAAACCCUCGACCGCUUUUCAAAUCCCUGGCUGUUUUUGUGACGGAAGCCUUUCCUCCCUCUUGCCGUCCCCUUAGAUCCCCACAGGCACAGAGGUGGAAGGGAUGAACAUCCUGGGCCUGGUGGUCUUCGCCAUCGUCUUUGGGAUUGCUCUGCGGAAGCUCGGGCCGGAAGGCGAGAACCUGAUCAAGUUCUUCAACUCCUUCAAUGAAGCCACGAUGGUUCUCGUCUCCUGGAUCAUGUGGUAAGGAGGCCGCCCGGUCCAUAUUUCCCCAGGAGUCUCAUAGGGGAACAGUGCAGGUGGAGAUAAAAUGUUAACGCAGAAGAGUUGGUUGCAAGGCCUCUCUGGUCUGGGUUUUGUGCAUUCCUGUGAAGUUCUCUGCCAAACUGAUGUAGCAAAAGCUGAUUUCUGAUACAGUGGUACCUCGGGUUAAGAACUUAAUUCGUUCUGGAGGUCUGUUCUUAAUCCGAUCGCCGCCACACAAUUUCUGUUCUCAUCCUGCAGCAAAGUUCUUAAACCGAGGUACUAUUUCUGGGUUAGUGGAGUCUGUAACCUAAAGCGUCUGUAACCCGAGGUACCACUGUACAUGUGUGGUGCAAUCACAUCUUACGUGGAAGUUUGUUUGUAAGGGUUCCACGUAUACAUGAAAAUCGCAUCUACCCAAAGCCUUGGAGCCACCCCAUAGCUUGGGGGGGGGGAGAAGCCCCAGUAUCCCCAGAGUCUGCACAUCAAGCAGGCUUUGCCCUCCAGGCAACACGAACUGUUAAAAAACUCUUUUUACACCGGGAAACCCCAAGCAAACCUGGCACAAAAAGAACUUUCAAGCUCUCCGCUUCGCUUGAAUUUAACUUGUGAAAUUUCAAACAGUCUGCCCUCAAUUGCAUAUGGUUGAAAUCUUGUGAGUUAAACGCUUGUAAGAUGCAAUCGUACUGUACUCUCAUACCUUGGAAGUCAAACGGAAUCCGUUCCGGAAGUCCAUUCGACUUCCAAAACAUUCGAAAACCAAAGUGCGGCUUCUGAUUGGCUGCAGGGAGCUCCUGCAGCCAAUCGGAAGCUGUGGAAGCCCCGUUGGAUAUUCAGCUUCCAAAAAUAGUUCGCAAACUGGAACAGUCACUUCCAGGUUUGCGACGUCCGGGAGCCGAAACAUUUGGGAGCUAAGCAGUUUGAAAACCAAGGUACGACUGUGUAUAUGUUAUGCAGACUAAGGAAAUUAGAAAGAUGCAUCAGUUAUUCUGUAUUUGCUAGUGGCAGUGCAGGGGGAGGCGUUGAAGUCCUGCCUCAUCACUCCUAGAACUUCUCCAGCUUCUGAUAUCUUACCAGGUGUUGCUCAUAGCCAUAAAGGCCACUUGGCAACUGUUGUAGCUGCGUGGAGAUUUUCUUAUUUUUCUGUCCUGCCUGCUGAUCUGCAUCACGUUCACCCAGUGCUAUACCAGCUGCACUGGCUCCCAGUGGAGUACAGGAUCAGGUUUAAGGUGCUGGUUUUAACCUUUAAAGCCCUAGAUGGCCUAGGACCCUCAUACCUACAGGACUGCCUCUCCUGGCAUGUCCCACGGAGGACCUUACGGUCUUCAAACAAAAACAUCUUGGAGGUCCCAGGCCACAGAGAGGUUAGGCUGGCCUCAACCAGAGCCAGGGCUUUUUCGGCCGUGGCCCCAAUCUGGUGGAACUCACUGUCACAAGAGACCAGGGCCCUGCGGGACUUGACAUCUUUCUGCAGGGCCUCCAAGAAGAGCUGUUCCACUAGGCCUUUGGCCAAGGCACGGCCUGACCCUCUCCUUCGGUAAUCCUCACAGAACUCUAGCCCAAUGGUUGCCAUUAAUUUUAUUUGAACUGAUUUUAUAAUGAACUGAUUUUAGAAUGUUGUAUUAUUUUACUGUUGUUAGCCGCUCUGAGCCCGGCUUUGGCUGGGGAGGGCGGGAUAUAAAUAAAAUUUGUUGUUGUUGUUGUUAUUUAUUAUUAUUAUUAUUAUUAUUAUUUAUUAUUAUUAUUUAUUAGGUCUCAGUGGUGUUCUUGCUGAUCCUCCUCUCUCUCUCCUUCCAGGUACGCCCCCCUGGGUAUCAUGUUCCUGGUAGCUGGCAAGAUUGUGGAAAUGGAGGAUGUGGUUGUCCUCUUCACCAGCCUGGGCAAGUACAUCUGCUGCUGCCUGGUGGGCCAUGCCAUCCACGGUCUCAUCGUCCUGCCAGCCAUCUACUUCAUCUUCACCCGCAAGAAUCCUUACCGGUUCCUUUGGGGCAUCUUCACUGCCCUGGCCACCGCCUUCGGCACUUCCUCCAGGUAUUUAUGAGCUGGUUGCGGCUCCAGAAAGCCAGGAGAAUGGGGUGCAGGUUUAAAAGGACACCUGUUGCAUAGCCAAAGGGGGGGGGAUUUGCUUGGAGUGAAUGGUACUCAAAUGUCAGGCAGGGAGGUCGGCUGAAUCUCUGCUUCCUUCCCACCUUCCCCCCCCAUUAAAUCCUUUAUUGAAAUUCAUAGAUAUCAUACAGUAUCUUAAAUCCACAUAUACAAAGGAAAAAAAUAACCUUACAUAAAUUUACUCUUUCCAUUUUCUAACUAAAGUAAAAUAAAAUAAAGUAAACCCCAUUAUUUCCCAAUGUAAUUGACGUUUGUAAUAUUGAAUGUACUUACAAUUCCUACUUUACUCUUAAUAUAUUUUCUAAUACUUUCUUACAACAUGUACCAUUUCCCCCAUAUUUCUUAAUAUUUACUUUACACAAGAGGUAGGGUCAUUCGAACGCUGCCAUGGAUAUUAUAUCACUGUUACAAAUUUGUAAAUAUCUCUUGAACAUAUCCCAUUUUUGAAUAAAUGGUUGUUUUGUAUUACCCCUUAGUUUAUUUGUCAAUAGAGCCAUUUCUGCGUAAUCCAGUAAUUUGUUCCGCCAUUCCCUUAAUGUUGGUACUUUCCCCCCUUUCCAGUUUGAUGCAAUUAGUAAUCGGGUGGCGGCUGUUCCGUAUAAGAAGAUUUCUCUUAUAUUUUUUGGGAUAUCUCUACCUGAACAACGUCAGGAAACAGUUUCAGCAAUAAUAAUAAAAAAGCAAAGGCAUAUAAAGUCUGUGUGAACCCUACCCUGGAAAGCUCAUGGGCACAGAAUUAACAGAGGUGGGUGGGAGCUCUCUUGAAGGCAAGGAACUGUGCAGCUUGGGUGCCACCACUGAGAAGGCUCACCUUUGCAUGUGGACGGAGGCAGCCCUUAAGGGGUCCUGCACUGUGAUUUAUUCCAUGUUGGAACUGGUGGGAGUUGUGCUGCGCCUGUGAGCUGUUUCAGGAGCACUCUCUCUCUCUGCCCACGUUCUCAAGCCACCUCUUCCUCCUCGCAGCUCUGCCACCCUGCCCCUGAUGAUGAAGUGUGUCGAGGAGAAGAACGGCGUCUCGAAGCACAUCAGCCGCUUCAUCCUGCCCAUCGGGGCCACGGUCAACAUGGACGGGGCUGCCCUCUUCCAGUGCGUGGCUGCCGUCUUCAUCGCCCAGCUCAACAACAAGCCUCUCAACUUCAUCCAAGUCAUCACCAUCCUGUGAGUAUUCCGACCAGUCUCCCUUCGGGCUCAAAUGGUGGUCCUUAGAAGCCCAUGCACCUUGCACAACCUGUUCCCUCCCCUUUCCCCAAACAGACAAAGCCCACCACCCAUAGACUGUGGCCCACCUUGCCAAGCUGCUGGCAGGCUGCCUUCGCUGUAUGUGCUUAAUAAUAAUAAUAAUUUAUUAUUUGUACCCCGCCCAUCUGGCUGGGUUUCCCCAGCCACUCUGGGUGGCUUCGACAAAGACCAAAAAUACACUAAAAUAUCACACAUUAAAAACUUCCCUGAACAUGGCUGCCUUAAGAUGUCUUCUGAAUGUCAGGUAGUUGUUCUUCUCUUUGACAUCUGAUGGGAGGGCGUUCCACAGGGUGGGCGCCACUACCAAGAAGGCCCUCUGUCUGGUUCCCUGUAACUUGGCUUCUCACAAUGAGGGAACCACCAGAAGGCCCUCGGCACUGGACCUCAGCGUCCGGGCAGAACGAUGGGGGUGGAGACGCUUCUUCAGGUAUACUGGGCCGAGGCCAUUUAGGGCUUUAAAGGUCAACACCAACACUUUGAAUUGUGCUCGGAAACGUACUGGGAGCCAGUGUAGGUCUUUCAUACCCGGUGUUAUAUGGUCUCGGCGGCCACUCCCAGUCACUAGUCCAGCUGCCACAUUCGGGAUUAGUUGUAGUUUCCGGGUCACCUUCAAAGGUAGCCCCACGUAGAGCGCAUUGCAGUAGUCCAAGCGGGAGAUAACUAGAGCAUGCACCACUCUGGCAAGACAGUCCGCUUUUUUCGUUCUUCCUCUCACUGUUCACCGUGGGGUUGCUCAAACACCCACAUUCUCCUAAGACUUUUCUGCAAAACCAGCCCAUUUGAUCUGCACCAGGUGGGCCUUCCAUUCCUUGGGCGCAUUGGGUGAGGAAGAGAGACUAGACAAGCCACAAGCAAACAGCAAGCACAUUUAAGUCGUUGAGCUUGAGCAUCAGGGCAAAUAUUCCUCUACAUCAGCACGGUUUAAUAUUGUGGAAUUUUGAAAGGUGGAUGGCGGGUGGCUGGUAGCCCCUGCCACAUCCUGGAAAUCAAGGGGAAGCAAGAGGGCAGGUUGAAGAAAACAAAGAGGAGAUUCCGUUUUCCAAAAUGAUGGUUCCUGCACAAAUUUCUCAUGGUGAUUUCCUGUCCUGGAGCUGCAGGAAGUGAGCUUUGGGAGCAAGGAAGGGGGUUUGUGCAGCCUGUUCAGAUAACCAGCUCCCAGAAUUUCAACUUCCUGCUGGUGAAGCAGGUGGUGAUAAUCCACACAGGUUCUAAGACCCCUCUGCCCUUUCCUUCCCGGUAGAAUGAGAGUGUGAGUCUGCCAGAGGGCACGUGCUAUCUUGAUGCUUUAGUGCAGGGGUCGGCAACCUAAGGCCCGUGGGCCACAAGCUGCCCACGGGGGUCGUUUAACUGGCCCACGAGCUGCCUGCUUGGCAAGUCCCCGUGUGCUGCCCUAAACCAGCACAGCAUGGCACGGGGACUCGCUUCCGCAGCACCGGAAAUCGCGGGCGCGGUCUGGCCCACAGAAGGAUCUCUGCUGGAGUGAACUGGCCCAGGCAAGGUAAACCUUGCUGACCCCUGCUUUAGUGGGAUAUAAAGUCGGCUGCAGAAAAAGGGAUCAUGAGGCCGCUGCAGAAACAAAGGGGGGAUUUAUGCUGGGAGGUAGCCUUGGUCCACCCAGAAUGGAUGGACUGGGGGUUUGGGGAGAUGAAACCUUAAAAAAAAAUUGUGGCAGGAACAACCAGAGUUUGGUGUGCACUGAAGUGACUGGCUGGGCAGACCAGUGUAGCUGAGCAUUUGACAGGCACUUGACUUGACAGGCUGCCUCUGUAAAGCUCUCUGGGUCGAUCUUAAGGACUAGGAACCUGGACGAAAAUUGAGGCCACUCAGCAUGUAGUGGGUUGGUUCUGCACCCAGGACCAAAUUCUGAACUUGUUCAGGACUUGAUGCGGCAAACACAGAAACUCUUUUCUAGUCUCUAGGGUUUUAUUUGCCUGGCCAAACACUAGACACCUGCCGCUUCUCCAAGCUCCUCUAAUCUUUAAGCCUUCUGCUGUUUCUGCCACGUCAAUACCCAAUUCCUACAAUGAUGAUGAUCAGCUGAACUAAAUUGUCAAGCACCAGCACAAAUGCUCCUCUACAUCAAUACUGUUUAAUAGUGCAGAAUUUUGAGGGGUGAAUAGCUGGUGGUUUGUGGAGCUGUACAUCUCUAGCUCCACCCCCCCCCCCAAAUAUCUCUCACACACUCUAUGCAGUGCUUGAUUGCAAUAAUAAUAAAAAACCACUCACAACGCAAUUUACAAAAGAUUAAACAGCAAAACUUAGAAAAAUGUACAAUUUCUAUUCCUCAUGACUAGAAGAGAUGCACUCAGCAAGGCUACUUGAGCUUCUGCUUGGAUUUGCCACUCGAGCCCUUCUCCUGCUGCGCUUCUCAUCCCCUUCCUCCCCCUAUCAGAAUGAUAACUCUUCUUUAAAACUCCUCUAUCAAGGUUGGAAUAAAAUAGGGGUCAGCAGUUAGAUUGACCAAGGAAUGGCUAGAGACUUUCCUUGGCACAGUAUUUUGCUUUUUUUUAACAGACGUGUCGAGGGCAGAAAACCUUUGCAGACUGUUUUUUUGGGUGCAUUUUUUUAAAAAAGCAAUUGCAAGUAAAACACUGUUUUCUCCAGUUCAGGAGGUGGACCUGUCCCUCCUGGCCUCAAGGUGCUUAAUCAUCAACUGUGUCUGAGGCCAUUUGUUGCGGCAUAGGGCAGUAAGAAAACUGCAGGCUUAGGCAGAACUUGCGACCAGAAGGGGUCCGGGAGGGAGCUGGGAGGUUCUGCUCAACUGACCUCUGCUCUGCUGGAGGCAGGAUUUCAGCUGGGGCUGUUUUUGCUCCUGGCUGGUCAUCCGUCCAUGUUUGUUCCUCUGUCUUGGGUUAAAAGUGCAGGCCCCCUCCACCCCCCCAAAGAUCCAGCUCUGCAUUCUGCAAACCAAGUUCCAGUCCAGUUUGUGUGUCUCGGUCAACAGCAUCACGUGCCACAGAUGUGGCAAGCUGCUUUUGGACCCUGAGGGGAUUCUCAAGAACGCUUUUGUCACUGCAUGCCAGCCACGAGGAACUCAAGCAAUUCGUUGGGGCUGCCGUGUGUUUUUUUUUAAGGGGUGCUGAGGAAGAGAGGGAGAGCUGUGCCCCUCUCAUCACCCUCCGUUGCAUUGCAAAGGAUCCCACAGCAGAUGAACCUCUCAGUAUUGCCCCCCUUAACAAGACUGCUGUCCGAAAGGGGUGGGAGACACACAAUACCUAAGAGAUUAAAUAAUAAUAAUAGUGUGUGUUUACCCUAAACUAGUUCUUUGGAGUCUAGACCAGUGUGAUUUUCUUUUUCAUUCAUUCUUUAUACAAUCAUACCUUGGGUUACAGAUGCUUCGGGUGGUGCGAUUUCGGGUUGCGCACUACGCCGAACUCGGAAGUACCGGAACGGGUUACUUCUGGGUUUCGGCGCAUGCGCAGAAGCGCUGGAUCGCAACCCGCACGUGUGCAGAUGCAGCGCUGCAGGUUGCAAACGUGCUUCCCGCAUGGAUCACGUUCGCAACCCGAGUGUCCACUGUACAGUGCCAGAAAUGCAGGGAGGGAGGCUUUUAAUUUGUCAUUUGACGCAGGGAGACAACUGCAGUGGAAUUCCCUCCCUUAACAGGCCAGACUAGCCCCAUCACCGAUGGUCUUGAGGCAGGCAGGCAGUUAAAACUGAAAUUUCAUCUGUGUUGCAGGCUACUUUAGGGGUCUUUGUUAGGAUGGAAAAGUGCUCUCAGAAGCAGAUUACAAAUUGGUGAUGAGGAGGCCUCUGGGUCUCCUUUAUUCUGCUAUGUGGACUUAGGUUUGGCUAUUGCAGAGCAGCCUUCGCUGACCUGGUGCCCUCCAGAUGUUUGGGACUACAGCUCCCAUCAGCCCCAGCCAGCAAGGCCACGCUCCCACCCACCUCUGCAUCAUACAGCUGUGCUGGAGGGGCUAAUGGCAGUCAUAGUCCAGAACAUCUGGAGAGCCCUGAAUUGGUGAAGGUGGCUGUUGAGCAUGGGGCACCACUGCUACCCAGCUGGCUUGGGUAGGAAGACCUGUAAGAGGCGCCACAGAGGAGAUCGCCUUGUUGCAGCAUCAUGGAGGAGCUGAAGGCAGCCUUCGCCAGGCUUGUGGCUCUAUGGGAGACAGUGCCACUGGUUUUCUCAUGCCUAGGGUGAAGAGACGGACUCUUUAAUCUAGGGUGUGGUGCCUGAUUCAUUCUUGACCCUGCCUAGUGGUGUGUUUUUGUAUUCCCCAAUUGCCAGCUAAUCUGGUUAAUACCUGAAGGAGCGUCUCCACCCCCAUCGUUCUUCCCAGACACUGAGGUCCAGCUCCAAGGGCCUUCUGGCGUUUCCCUCCCUGUGAGCAAGUGAGGUUACAUGGGACCAGGCAGAGGGCCUUCUUGGUGGUGGCACCUGCCCUGUGGAACACCCUCCCUUCAGAUGUCAAGGAAAUAAACAACUACAGUGGUACCUCAGGUUAAGUACUUAAUUCGUUCCAGAGGUCCGUACUUAACCUGAAACUGUUCUUAACCUGAAGCACCACUUUAGCUAAUGGGGCCUCCUGCUGCUGCUGCACUGCCAGAGCACAAUUUCUGUUCUUAUCCUGAAGCAAAGUUCUUAACCUGAGGUAAUAUUUCUGGGUUAGCGGAGUCUGUAACCUGAAGCGUAUGUAACCCGAGGUACCACUGUAUCUGACUUUUAGAAAACAUCUGAAGGCAGCCCUGUUUUGGGAAGUUUUUAAUGUUUGAUGUUUUAUUCUGUUUUUAGUGUUCUGUUGGGAGCUGCCCAGAUGGGCGGGGUAUAAAUUAUUAUUGUUAUUAUUAAUUAUUAUUAUUAGGCAUGAUUCUCCAGAAUGCCAAGAAAUGGUAAAUUGUGAGGGUUAGGGUGGUGUAGAGAGGAACUCGAGUGCACAAACAGGUCAUAGUUUGAAUAAGGAACCUAGAAGGAGGAAAUCUUUGGCCAAGGGUCCAAAAACCCAGGCACCCAGUUGCCACUGGUUACUAAAAUUUGGAGUAAUGCUUGAGUUUCCAGAAGUUGGCUGAUCUCUCCCUACCCAUCACUGACUGAAUUUAUGCUGGUCUGUCUAGGAUCUGCUUGCUGCCUUGUCCUGUUCUCAACCAGUAGCCACUUCCUAGAGAAAGGGUUUCCCAGUUAGAGCUCUGAUCUCUCUUGGCUAAGCUGUGGAAGGAAGGAAGGAAGGAAGGAAGGAAGGAAGGAAGGGUGGGUGAUCAGGCCCACUUGGGGCUCUGAUGUCCUUCCAAACCGGCUGCCACAAAAUCUGGCUGGUGCCUUCGGCUUUGCAAAAGUUACCGUAUUUUUUGCUCCAUAAGACACACUUUUUUCUUCCUCAAAAGUAAGGAUAAAUAUAUGUGCAUUUUAUGGAGCGAAUGCAUGGUCCCUGGAGCCGAAUUAAGGUACCCCUACCCAUAUGGGCCAGUCGUGACCGACUCUAGGGUUGUGCGCUCAUCUCACUUAAGAGGCCGGGAGCCAGCGCUGUCCGGAGACACUUCCAGGUCACGUGGCCAGCGUGACGAAGCUGCUCUGGCGAGCCAGCACCAGCGCAGCACACGGAAACACCGUUUACCUUCCCGCUAUAAAGCAGUACCUAUUUAUCUACUUGCACUUAGGGGUGCUUUCGAACUGCUAGGUGGGCAGGAGCUGGGACCGAAAGACGGGAGCUCACCCCGCCACGGGGAUUCGAACCGCCGACCAUGCGAUCGGCAAGUCCUAGGCACUGAGGUUUUACCCACAGCGCCACCCGGGUCGGAGCCGAAUUGCCCAGGGGCAAAAAGCAGAUCAUGCUUUUUUUUUUUUUUUGAAAGAGGGGAGUGGGUGUUGAAACAAAGCCGCUGAUCGUUUGCCGAUCGGGGAGAGAGAUAAGGGAUGCUAGAGAUGAAGGAGGCUGCCUGGGAGUGGGGAGGUAAAGACAGCAAACUUGCAAAGGGGGGAAACAGGAAGACUAAAGCAAUAAGGAGAGAAAUUAGAAGAAAAGGAGGAGCAAAAAACUGCUCUAACUAAGGAAAAGACACUAAGGCAAACAAGAGGAAAGGGUGUGAUGAAAGCAAACAGCUGAUUGGUGGGAUCGGCAGAGAGAUAAGGGACAUUAGCGGAGGCUGCCUGGGAGGGGGGGGGAGGUAAAAGCCCAUGGAUCCUCAGGAUUUUUACAUUGGGUCACCCCAAAUUCACCAUCAGAUCACAUGUCUGUGGCCACAGCAUGAACCACAAAAAUCAUACAAUCACUGUUUCGUUUAGAAUAUUUUUUUCUUGUUUUAAUUUAAAAACUAGGUGCGUCUUAUGGUCAGGUGCGUCUUAUGGAGCAAAAAAUAUGGUGCCCUCCUCUCUCCCUGCUGCUUUGGGUUUCCCCCGCACUCUCCAGAUAAAGACCAAAUCCUGCACUUCAGCAUCAAGAAGGACACAUCUCUUAACCUGCCCCCUUCCAUCCCACAGAAUUACUGCGACGGCGUCCAGCGUCGGAGCUGCUGGGAUUCCUGCGGGUGGCGUCCUCACCCUCGCCAUCAUCUUGGAAGCUGUCGGGCUGCCCACCAACGACAUCUCCCUCAUCCUGGCAGUGGACUGGCUUGUGUAAGUACCGCGGGGGCAAAGUUUGAGGGAGAGGCUCAGCGAUCAGGAGCGACUGGCGAUUUCCCUGACUGAUGUUCAUCGCAGGGUUGGCAGGCUGGCUAGUCCCAACUUCCCCGCCAAAAGACGGGAUCUUUUUCCCUCCCGCCUCCUUGCUAGUUCCCCUUCCGGUCCUCUUCUUCUUGUGUUGGCCUCAUUCUGCAAGCUUAGAGGAGGGACUUUUGCAGCAAGUGGCUCAAGGGAAAGGCCCCAGGUUCACAUAGGAAAGCAGAAGCCAUUGCCUAGAAAGGAGGCGGUAGGUAACCAGUUGAAUCUUCUGCAAAUAAUCCUCCAAGGACAAUUUUUUGGGGUGGGGCGUUUGGCUGGACAAACCUGCCUUGGACCAAGGCCACAUUUGCACCAUACACUGUUAAAAGAUGCCAUAUAAUGCCCAUUCUGCGUUUAUAAGAAUUCGAUCUUUUAGCGUGGCAACACCUAAACUUGAACUCGCUGCCCGUUGACAUCACCCGUGCUCCCACAGGGUUCUCUUUUUGUCACCUUCCGAAUUUUGUUUCAUUGAUCAGACAAGGCUACCCAGAUGCUUAGAACGUUGAUGUGCGUUUUGAUCUGUUUUUAGUUUAUUGCUGAUUUUAAUUCUUAAAUAGUUUUUUUAGCUGUUUUUGCCGUUACUUUUACUGUUUCCUCCUUGUAAACCACGUUGAAGGUUUUUUAAAAAUUUUUACAAACAAGCUGUGUAUAGGUUUUAUGAAAUAAUAAAAAUCAAUACAAUUAAAGGGUUAUGAUUCCGCUUUCAACAACGGCUUUGCCUGGAAAAUCCUGGGAGCUGUAGUUUAUUCAGGGUGCAGAGAGUUGUUAGGAGACACUCCUAUUCCCCUUCACAGCUACAAUUCCCAGAGUUGCCUGUAAAGAAGGAUUGAUCAUUAAACUACUCUGGGAAUUGUAGUUCUGGGAGGGGAACAGAGUCUCCUGGCAACACUCUGUGCAAACCAAAGCUCCCAGAAUUACUCAGGGGAAGCCGUUCCUGUUUAAAGUGGUAUCAGUGCGCUUUCUAUGGAUGGUGCAGAUGUGGCCAAAAUCGGGCUGCUGGUCUGUCCAGCCCUGUAAUCAGAGUGGAAGUAGCAGCUCCCCAAAGAUUCAAGCAGGGGUCUUUUCCAGCUUUGCUGCCUGACGAGGUCUUUUCAAGCACAGAUGCAGUGUUGAAUGGGGAACCUUCUGACUCUGAGCCAUUUUUCUUGCUUUUUUUUUUUUUAACCCAGUCUCUCUGGGGAGGAAUCAAGCAGGUCUCUCCUCCAAUAUGUCCCCGGGAUGCUCAUUUACCCGCUGAGCGGUGUGUUUUGUUCGUGGCGGCCAGGGGGUGUAUUUGUCCAACUGACUUGUCCAGUAUGGCUGGCUGGGCCAGGUGUGCUGGGGGGGCCUCAGAGGAAAGGUUAAAAGCAGCUGAGCAUUUAGCUUUUCCUCCUGUCGCUUGGGGGAAUCUGCACAUGGCGCAAGAAUACAGGAAGGGCCCGGCUGGAUCUGGCCCAAAGGUCUUGCCUGGUUCAGCAGCCACAUGCCUGUGCGUGUUCUUAAGCGGGGCACAAAGGUCUCAGCCUUUCCCUCGCUGCGAGAAGCCAAGUUACAGGGAACCAGGCAGAGGGCCUUCUCGGUAGUGGCGCCCUGCCUGUGGAACGCCCUCCCACCAGAUGUCAAAGAGAACAACAACUACCAGACAUCUGAAGGCAGCCCUGUUUAGGGAAGCUUUUAAUGUUUGAUGUAUUACAGUAUUUUAAUAUUUUUUUGGAAGCCGCCCAGAGUGACUGGGGAAGCCCAGCCAGAUGGGCGGGGUAUAAAUAAUAAAUUAUUAUUAUUAUUAUGAUUAUUAUUCCCUGCUGUUUGUCUGGUUCUCAGAGAUAGAUUGCUCCUGAACAUGGAGGCUCUUUGUCCAGUGAAUGUUGCUAACAACCCUUAUUGCUUAACCCCGAGCACCUCAGUCAUUGCCUCUUUCUUUUGCACCAGGGAUCGCACCUGCACCGUCCUAAACGUGGAAGGCGAUGCUUUUGGCGCUGGGCUCCUGCAGGUGUACACCGAAAGGACGGAAGGCAAGGCAGAGGCAGAGGAGCUGAUGGAGAUCAAGACGGACGCCGGCAAGGAAGUGGGGGCGGAAGAAGGCUCCCCACUGAUCAAGAGGGACGGGCCUGCCCCCUUGGAGGGCAUCAACUCCUGCGAAAAAGAAUCUGUGAUGUAA